AUGGCCAGCCUGGAGCAAAAACUGUCAGGGGACGUGGCGGGCCUAAAAAAGAAUAUAGGUCGUGUGGCUGAGGUGGUAAACAUUGAUAUCACCCCCAGUCGCACCCAUGGCCAUCCAUUUACCGAAGAAGUAAUGGCACCCCCUCUCCCCGAUAAAUAUAGGUCGCCGCCAAUCCCGCCAUAUGAUGGGCGAGGAGAUCCCGACGACCAUAUGGAGAUGUACACCGGGCACAUGCUCUUACACGGUUACACCGAGGAGAUCAUGUGCCGAGCCUUUCGAAACCAUUUGACGGAUUCUGCGCGGAGAUGGUUCCGAACGCUGAGGCCAAACUUUAUCUCGAGCUGGGAUGAGUUGAAGGAAGCAUUUUCCCUCCAAUUCAUAGGGGUAAAAAAGUACGUCCCCCCAAAGCAGAAUCUGACAACGAUAUAUCAAAAGCCAAACGAGUCAUUGAGGGAAUGGCUCGCAAGGUAUGAGGAGGCUGUCGCUGCCACAAUGGACAUAACAGACAGAGAAGCUUUGAUGUGGGGGUACAUCAAUGCCGAAGAGGCAGACGCAGACGACCCCGAGCACCGGACCAACAAGAACAAAGGAACCGAACAGGGGUCAGCGCCUACGAAGCAGGAUGGGAAGAAACGUCGAGGCGGAGGAAAGAGAGACAAGCAGCCCGCCGCAGCGACGAGCGCUCCGGAAGCCAAAAAGCCAAGGCAAGAGGACACCCGAAGACCUCGGCUGUUCCAAAAGUAUGAUUCCUACCAUGAGCUAAUGGUGGGAGUCGAGGACGUUUUCAACCAAGUCGGUCGCGGGAACUUACUGCGCCGACCGGAGGCGAUGAAGUCAGACCCCAGCCGAAGGAACCAGAAGAAAUUCUGUAGGUUCCAUGGCGAUGUCGGCCACCACACCAACGAUUGUGCCGACCUCAAAGACGAGAUCGAAAGAUUGAUCGGCGAAGGAAGGUUGCAGGAAUUCAGGGCCGAACGAAGGUCCCGAAAUGACGGCCAUGGUGGGCAGAAUGAUGGUCGACGCCGAGAGGAGAACUAG